GGGCCAUUUUUGUCUAAUCACCAAAACUAUAUUCUGUCCCCCAUUUGCUGGUCAAAACGAACCCAAUUCACAUAUACAUAUGACCCAAUUCCGAAACCCGACGCCGUUAACUAGAAAGAGCCCAGCUCAAUCCAUAGUUUCUCCCCUUGUUUUUCACUUUCCACUUCCCGUUCAAAUUCAGGGUUUAACGUCUCAAGGGUUUUGACACGAGCUCUGCCACUCUUCUCUACCGAGCGAAGGCAAACCCAGAGCGAAAUGAGGGCUCCGCUAAAAAAUUCUUCAUCCAUCUCACCUUUCCUUCUCCGUUCUUUUCCAAGCCCCAAAUACCUCUGCUCUAACCCUCAAACACCAGUUCCCCGGAAUCCCAACCCAAACACCAAUUUUCUCGAGAAAGUCACCUCAGAUUCCCACUGUCCCAGUAAAUCCAUUUCAGGUUCCAAUAGUCCCGGAAGCCUCAUCCCGCCCACACCCGAAGACCCCCGUUUAACACCAUCCUUAACACAAGAUACAAGCCUGACCCGAACCCAUGUUAUCAACACUCUUCUGAUCCACAGAAAUGAUCCGGAAUUGGCUUUGAAGUACUUCCGUUUUGUUGAAAAUAAGCGGGGUUUUGUCCGAAGCAUCGAUGUGUUUUGCGUUCUGCUUCACAUUUUGGUAGGAUCCCCACAGACUAAUAAACAAGUUAAAUAUUUGCUUAAUAGAUUUGUUGCAGGCGAUUCAGGACCUGCCCCUAUUGUUUUUUUAGAUCACUUGAUCGAUAUAGCAAAAAGGUUUGAUUUUGAAUUGGAUUUGCGGGUUUUUAAUUACUUGUUGAAUAGUUAUGUUAGAGUUAGGAUUGAUGAUGCUGUGGAUUGUUUCAAUGGAAUGAUUGAGCAUGAUAUAGUUCCUAUGUUACCCUUUAUGAAUAUUCUUUUAACAGCAUUGGUUAGGGGGAAUUUGAUCGAUAAAGCGAGGGAGUUGUAUGAUAAGAUGGUUUCCAUAGGAGUUAGAGGUGAUCGUGUUACAGUUCUUUUGAUGAUGCGUGCAUUUUUGAAAGAAGGGAAGCCUUGGGAAGCAGAGGAGUUUUUCAAGGAGGCUAAGGCUAGAGGGAUGGAACUUGAUGCUGCAGUUUAUAGUAUUGCUAUUCAGGCUUCUUGUCAGAAACCUGAUUUGAAUAUGGCUGGAAGGUUAUUGAGGGAAAUGAGGGAUAGAGGAUGGGUUCCUUCUGAGGGUACGUUUACAACUGUUAUUGGGGCUUUUGUGAAGCAGGGAAAUUUGGCAGAGGCGUUAAGGCUCAAAGAUGAGAUGUUGAGUUGUGGGAAGCAGUUGAAUUUGGUGGUUGCUACUAGCUUAAUGAAGGGAUAUUGUAAGCAAGGUGAUAUUGGUAGUUCUUUAUGUCUAUUUAAUAAGAUUAAGGAGGAUGGGCUUACUCCUAACAAGGUUACCUAUGCAGUUCUGAUUGAAUGGUGUUGUAGGAAUCAGAAUGUGAAAAAGGCAUAUGAGCUUUAUACAGAAAUGAAACUCAUGGAUAUUCAACCUACUGUUUUUAAUGUGAAUUCCUUGAUUCGUGGAUUCUUAGAAGCUUGCUCAUUGAAAGAGGCAUCCAAUUUGUUUGAUGAGGCAGUUGAGUCUGGCAUUGCCAAUGUUUUUACAUAUAAUGUUCUCUUACACCAUUUCUGUAAUGAUGGUAAGGUGAAUGAAGCCUGCAGUUUAUGGCAGAGAAUGGAGGAUAAUGGCGUGGUACCUACUUAUGCUUCUUACAAUAACAUGAUACUUGCCCACUCUAGAGCAGGGAAUAUGGAUAUGGCACAUACUGUCGUUUCAGAGAUGCUUGAUCGGGGCAUUAAACCUACUGUCAUCACAUAUACCAUAUUAAUGGAUGGACAUUUCAAAAAAGGUGAUGCUGAACAGGCCUUAGAUGUGUUUGAUGAAAUGGUGGGCGUGAAUAUUGCUCCCUCAGACUUCACAUUCAACAUAAUCAUUAAUGGUUUGGCCAAAGUUGGUUGUACAUCUGAGGCAAGGGAUAUGCUGAAGAAGUUUGUUGAUAAGGGUUUUAUCCCUAUGUGUUUGACAUACAAUAGCAUUAUUAAUGGGUUUGUUAAGGAGGGUGCCAUGAACUCUGCUUUGGCAGUUUAUAGAGAAAUGUGUGAAAGUGGGCUUUCUCCCAAUGUUGUCACCUACACCACCUUGAUUAAUGGGUUUUGCAAAAGCAAUAACAUUGAUCUUGCUCUGAAAAUGCAAUAUGAGAUGAAAAGCAAGGGUCUUCGAUUGGAUGUUCCUGCAUUCAGUGCCCUCAUUGAUGGGUUUUGCAAGAAGCAAGACAUGGAUGGAGCAUGUGAGCUUUUCUCUGAACUCCAACAAGUUGGGUUAUCUCCCAAUGUGAUUGUUUAUAACAGCAUGAUUCGUGGGUUUAGGAAUGUAAAUAACAUAGAAGCUGCUCUUGACUUGCACAAGAAAAUGAUAAAUGAGGGAAUUCCUUGUGAUCUGCAAACGUACACUACACUGAUUGAUGGAUUGUUAAGAGAGGGUAAAUUACACUUUGCAUUUGAUCUUUACUCAGAGAUGCUUGCCAAGGGCAUUGAGCCUGAUAUAAUCACUUAUACUGUUCUGCUAAAUGGUCUUUGUAAUAAAGGACAGCUUGAGAAUGCUCGCAAGAUUUUAGAAGAGAUGGACAGAAAGGGUAUGACUCCUAGUGUUCUUAUUUAUAAUACUUUGAUUGCUGGACACUUUAAGGAAGGGAAUUUAGAAGAGGCUUUGAGAUUGCAUAAUGAAAUGCUUGAUAGAGGUCUCGUACCUGAUGCCAGUACUUAUGACGUACUUAUAAAUGGAAAAGCUAAGGGAGAAAAUUCUCUUUCUGGAGUUUCAUGUGCUUAAAUAACCGGCAAAUUAUUGCUUCAAAGUGUUCCAUGUUUCAAUCCAGCUGGGAAAGUGCUGAGAAAUAGCUGUCAGCUGCAAAGAGACAAGGCAUGUUGGACUGCCAUGCAUUUGAGGAUGCAGAGUGAAAGUUACCUUUGGUUUAAGGUGGCUAUGGAUGCAUGAUAGUGUGGGGGCUCUGGACUGGCUGGAAAUGCAUUGGAAUUGGCAAUGUAUAGUUUUGUUGAGUUUUGCAGUGGCUUCUCUUUUGGGUACAAACAUUCAAACCUUUCAACAAAAACCUCUUUAUAGUUCUCCAGUAACUCCACCAUUUCCCCUUUAUCAACAGAAAUCAGAGCCACAUUGAGGCCCCCGGCUGGUCUUACCUCUGCAUGUAUUUCUUUAUGGACUAGUGCCUCUUGUACCAUCUCAUAUUACACACUUUUGUGUAGUCUUCCCAUUACAGACUGAUUUAGCCAGUCCAUAUCCGCUUGGGGUAACGUCCUGUUGAAGGUCAGCUGCUUCCCCUCAUGACCACUUACUUCACACUGCCCUUCACUGUCAACUUUCAAGUAGUUCUGUUGGCAGUUGGGAGUACCACAUUUGCUACUCUGUUUGGCCUGUUUUCACCAUUGCCGGCCUGUUAACCAUCCUUGUAUCACUAGCUUGCACCUCCUUGUAGGAAUAAUAACGUUUUGUCUCUAGCUCCUUCUCUUCCCAUGUCCCUUCUCACUUGAGAGCUAUUCUGACUACCAAGCCUUCUGCCAAGCUAGGUCUUUUCACCGCAAUACAUCUACUGUGGAUUACCCUGUUAUUCCUUCUCAGUAUAGCAGCAUUCAUUUCAGCUAUCUCCUUGUAUCUAAUUAAUGCAAAGGCAUAAUCCUUCACCUGUCUUCUUCCCUUCUGAACUUGGAUGUACACUUCCAUGACCUCACGGAAUAAGCUGAAAACCUCAUAUAUAGCUUUCCAGGUCACCCUUAUACUGAGCUUAUUGACAUAAACGGUGUGAAGCUUAGCCUUCCAGUCCUCCCUUUGAUGUCCUGAUUGGUAACCCUAGCCACCAUCCCGGUCCUUAUUCCAGCGCUGGUACUCUCCCUAUCAUGCUCUUUUUUUGUUCAAGUGGGAUCUGUCAUUAAAAAUAGUUUGUUAAUUUUUUAACAUGUAUAAUCAUACAUGAAGGUAUAAAGAAGUGUAAAACUUGAUUACUUUUACACCGAUGUAACAUCAUCUCUCCUCAUUAUAUAUAUUGAUUAAAAAUAUUUUAGACUUUGUGUAUUUUGUUUUUCUAGGA